AUGCCACUGCGCUCAUCGGAGCUCCAUGACUUGCGGCUUACGGUGCAGCAUUCUAUGAACAGAGAGUCUGAGAUGGAGGCACACAUGCGUCCGGAGCUCAUCAAGUGUCCAGAGCUAUUGCUCACGGGGCUAGAGCUCGAGAUGCGAACGACAUUGCGGAUUCUACACAAAAAGGGCCGGCGGUUUGAAUCUCCAUGGAAACCUUUCUUCGUUGGUAUAUACGCCAAUACGCUCUUCUAUUUCACCAACUUGGGUGAUUGGCCGCGCGGUAUCGUACCACUUGCAGAUGCGGAAGUAAAAGCUGUUGACCGCAUUUAUCGCCAUGGAGACACGAUGAGUGCCGGUGACGACUGUGGCCCAUGUUGGAAAGUUACGUCAAGCAGCGGCCGCGUUUUGCUCUUUCGUGCACCCUCGUAUGACGCUCGCGGCGAGUGGAUCCGCCAGCUGUGUCAAGCUACUGGUAAAUAUCAGCAAAGCAUGGACGGUAAAGCUGCACUAGCGUUAGCACGGAGACUGUCACAGCCGUCGACUUUCGUGUCAGCGUUGUCAACUUCGUCGACAGUAAUUAUGGAGUCGCCAAGACAUCGAAGGAGAAGCUGCACCGUAGAAGACGAUCUUGAGCAUGCAGAGCUUUUACGCGAUGCGUUUCGUGUAGUAGAGAAGCAGCAGAGAGAGAUUGAAGAGCUUCGAGAGCGGCUGAACGAGGUGGCGGAUAGGAGACAUAACAAAACUCAUAACGUAGGUGACGGUGGUCUUGUAUCAAACAUUAAAGAAACAGAGGUCGCGAAAGUCCCAAACACUAAGGGGAAGGGUGAGCAAGUUGAGAAGUCUUGCGCUGUUAUUCAAGAAGGCGAUCUGGAGACGAUACUGGACACAGCUGCAAUUGAAAUUACGAGUUUCAGAGGCUCGGCCUUCUCGGAUGUGCUGUCAGAGGAUGAUGCGCCAGAGGCUGAAAAUGGGGAUAAUACUAGCGACAAGGAUGAAGUAGCUGCUAGACUCAUGCGAGAAGGUGGACGGGAGAAUAUUCAAAGUUUGAGUUUAGUAGACGAGUCAACAGAAACGACCUCGAUGAUUGAAACAGAGAAAGGCAUUGACGUCAGUUAUGAUGCAACGAAAAACGAGACGGAGGGUUCCUGCCGGUUUAAGGUACUGGUGUCUUCAGGGAACUCUGAGGCCGCUUCAUCUUUCUUUAAGCAAGCGACAGUCUCAAUACCAAGAUCUCAUCAGGCGGUCUAUGUUUUAACGCCAAAAGAAGAACUUUUGUGUGCAGAUUCGCUAUCACGGAAGCUUAUCAUGGAGGGCUCUGACUUGGCCUCGCCAUAUGACGUCAGUAAAAAAAAAACGUCUCAUUUGAAAUUAAAAAAAUCUUAUAGCAGCAUUGGCAUCGUUGAGUCAGAUGCGAGUGCCGACAAUGGCAGUUUACAGCAGCAAACAAUGGAGCUUGUCGAGAUCGCACGAAAUUUGCAAUCAUCGCUGCGGACUGAUUGUAAAUCUUUGACGACUUCCCUGGAAGCGUCUCCUUUAUCUUUGUCGAUUCUUGACAGUCGAUCUUCUUUCUCUGAUGUCACUGAUUUCGGAUUAAACCUCAUCAACUCGAAUGACAGUGAUGAAAGCAUACUUUCUAUAACACAGGAGGACCUUUAUUAUGAUGGCAAUGACAAAUGCGAUCUUGAGCGUCUGUCCGAAUUCGAGGAGUCAGACUGUCAUUUCUUGGAGGCGAGUGGCUUCCUGGACUCGAUUCAUCAGGUCAUGAAGGACCUGAUUAAGUCAUCUCAGUCGGAUUCAUCUAGUCAGCCAGACCAGUUGGUUAUCAGCGAUAAAAUUAUCGCCGAGAUUUGCCAAGGUAUUGAGGCUGAUCCAGUCAAAGAGUUGGAUGAUCUUGAAAAAAUUCACAGGCAGCAUGACAAACAAUUAGAUUCGUCUGUCGCUGGCUCAUUUAAUACCUCAAGCCCAAGAAAACGGGGUCUCUUGUCCCAUGCGAGAUCGGCACGAGACUUUUUUCACGGAGACUAUGACGCUGCUCCACAAGUUGUGUUGCCGCAAGCCUCAAAGAAUUUUUUGUUACUGAUCAUCGAAGGCUCGAUGUCCAUUGUAGCUUCGAUCUUACAAAGUUGUGGUCGAGAGGAGAAAGUAACGCUACUUGCUCCCCUUCUUCGAGUGUUCGGAAGUCACAAUCGUCUCAGUCAUCUCAUUCGCUGGGCAAUCGAAAUUGAGGUUGCGUCUGUUAUGAAUGUGGCGACACUUUUUCGCUCUGAUGACUAUGCAAGUCGAUUAAUCUCCACAUAUAGCAAAGCAAUUGGGUCAAAAUUUAUUCGUGUGGCUCUAUCCGAUCCUAUCCGUCAAAUUUACAAGCUUAAGAUUGCCGACAUUGAGUUAAACCCGCAUAAACAAGAGUCGCUUCAGGAUCAUACUCAAGUUGACGCAAAUGCUGCCAACUUGAUGCAAACAUGUCAAGGCAUCAUUGACUCGAUUAUCAAAAAUGCCUUUAAUAUCCCGUCAUCCUAUUUUCAUAUCUGCUCGCACCUGAAUUCGAAAGUAAUAAGCCGAUUUGAUGGGACAAAGGAAGGAAUUGAGGCAGAGGACGCGUCGAUGCUGACUCGGUCUGUAAUCGGAGGUUUCCUAUUCCUUCGUUUCGUAUGUCCCGCCAUCACUACUCCGCAUUUGUACGGUUUAGCAAAACAUCUUCCACAUCCUGAGACUCGCCGUAUUCUCGUACUUGUUACAAAGCUUCUGUUUAAGACAGCAACUGGUGUGAAGUUCGGAGACCGAGAGCCCGAAUUCAAAGUUUUGAAUCCUUUUAUUGAAAAGAAUUCGCCAGCCAUACAGCAGCUAUUUGCCGAUCUGGCAAUGUCUCCUAGUCACGAUAUUGAUGUGUGCUUUGCUAUGGAUAGCCGCAAGAUUUACUCAAAUAUACCAUCCUCCCAGUUGGUGAAUGACUUAGAAAUUAUCCGCUCUAUCUCGGAGAAGAACUUUGAGAAGAUUGGAACGAAGCUUAAGGAGAGCAAAUGUUCUGUGGACGUGGUCGAGGAGUUUAAGACGGCUGUGUUGUACACCACCGACUCUUUCCAGAAAAAUUCUUUGUCGAAAAAGCUGAGUGCUAAUAUGAAAUUCUUCAGCAGUUUUGGAAUAAAGCCCAGGAAUAGAAAAGAGUCGGAUCAUUGA